AUGAAAUCCAUUCUCUUUGCGACCAUCAUCGCUUUGGUUCUUGCCAAAGGAUGCUACGAUCCGUCUACGAACGUUCCUGAGUAUGUGAAGACUCCUCAGCCAUGGGAAUACAUGACGAACGAGGAGCUUCCCAAGAGCUAUGAUCCCCGUAACAUUGAUGGUGUUUCCUACGUGUCUGUCUCCCGUAACCAGCACAUUCCUCAGUACUGUGGAUCUUGCUGGGCCUUCUCUGCUGCUUCCGCCGUGGCUGAUCGUCUGCGUCUGAUGACCAAGAACGCUUGGCCCACUGCUGAGCUUUCUCCUCAGAUGAUUGUGAACUGCGCUACCACUGCCAUGGGUUGCCAUGGAGGUAGUAUGACCUCUGCCUACAAGCUGAUGAAGGAGCGCGGUGUGCCCACUGAGGGUUGCAUGCGCUACGAGGCUAAGGACAUGGAGUGCACUGACAUGAACAUCUGCCGUGACUGCGGUCAUGACUACCCCUGCCACCCCGUGCAGAACUACACGAAGUACUUCGUGGAGGAGUACGGUUACGUGUCGGGCGAGGAGCGUAUGAUGAAGGAGAUCUAUGCUCGUGGUCCGAUCACCUGCGCUCUGGACGCUACGGACGAGCUGGUGGCCUACAAGGGCGGAAUCUUCGAGGACAAGACCGGUACGACCUCUCUGAACCACGCCAUCUCUGUGGUGGGCUGGGGCGAAGAGGACGGCAAGAAGUACUGGAUCGUGCGCAACAGCUGGGGAACCUACUGGGGAGAGAACGGCUGGUUCCGUAUUGUGCGUGGAACGAACAACCUGGGAAUUGAGUCGGAGUGCACGUGGGCCGUGCCGCGCGUGCCGGAGAAGAUGCGUCUGAACGACAAGAUGCGCAGCCUGCACAACCGUGCCCGCUACUUCCCUCACUCCUGCGCCAUCCGCAAGCAGGAGCCCGCCGUGGUGACGGAGCCUCUGCCCCACUUCUACCUGAAGAGCGAGGAUAUUCCCAAGAGCUACGAUAUCCGCAACAUCGACGGCCGCAACUACGCGACGUGGGACAAGAACCAGCACAUUCCUCAGUACUGCGGAUCCUGCUGGGCUCAGGGAUCGACCUCGGCCAUCGCCGAUCGUAUCAACAUCAUGCGCAAGGGCAAGUGGCCCACUGUGGAGCUGUCCGUGCAGGAGGUCAUCAACUGCGGUAACACGGGAUCGUGCAACGGAGGCUGGGACUCGGGUGUGUACCGCUACGCGCACGAGGAGGGUAUUCCCGACCAGACGUGCCAGGUGUACGAGGCCAGAAACAAGGAGUGCAACGACAUGAACCGCUGCAUGGACUGCCCUCCGGACCGCGAUUGCUACGCGGUGAAGGACUAUAAGCGCUACAAGGUGGGCGACUACGGCUACGUGUCCGGCAAGGACAAGAUGAAGGCCGAGAUCUUCGCGCGCGGACCCAUCUCUUGCUACGUGAGCGUGUCGCAGGAGUUCUUGGACUACACGGGCGGUGUGUUCGUGGAGCACGACCACUCCAUGCUGGGAGGCCACAUCAUCGAGGUGGCCGGAUGGGGCGUCACGGAGGAUGGACAGGAGUACUGGAUUGGACGCAACUCUUGGGGUGAGUACUGGGGCGAGAACGGAUGGUUCCGCAUCCAGACCGACAAGGACAACCUGGAGAUCGAGUCGAGCUGCACUUGGGGUGUGCCCAUUAUUGACUUCUAAGUGGUGAA